CCAUGAUAUAUUUGCUAUAUAUUUAUUUCUAUAAUAAUGUUCAAAUUUGUGUUAAAUAAUGUUAAAAAGUGUAAUUUUGAAAUUUUCAAGAACUUCUAUAAAUAAUAACAAAGUUAAUAAAAAUUUUAAAAAUUUAAAGAAUAUUAUUAACAUUUCUGACGAUGUUAGUUUUCAUAAAAAACAUAAUUCCUCAAAUUUUCACCUCUCCAACCAAUGGUCUAAAAAUGAAGAAAUACCAAAUUCUCAGGUUUCUUCAGACAAACUAAAGAACUCUGAUAUUGAGAAAUAUAAUUUUAAAGAGGACUUGGAGGAAAAGUUGGAAUUUGAGAGUUUAAAGAGUAAUCCCAGAUACCAAGAUUUAACUCACGAAGAACGUCAAUAUAUACAGGAGCUCACUGCUAAAGCUAGAAUAAAAGAUCCUUACAAUUCACUAAAUGCUAAUAAAGCCAAAGUUGACCCAAUUCGUGACGCUAAAACUAUAUUAAAAGAUAUUCCAGCUGAAGAUAAGAGUGUAAUAUACAAUGGAAUUGAUGAGUUGGAGGAGAAUAAUGAACUUGAUAAUAAACUAGUUGAACAAAAUAGAUUUGAUGAAGUUGUUUCUAGGAUUAGAACUAAAAUUAGAUUAGAGAAAAAAUCAAAUUCACUCAUUAACAAACUCACUAUUCCUAAUGUCAAUGGUGAGGUAUUGGAUCCAAUAAAAAAACACGUAUUGAGGAGGGCUGCUAGAAUUAGCACAAUGUUACAUACACAUAUUGAGCAGUUAUUAACAUGUAAUAAACCAGAACUGUUAUAUACACAUUUAAACGGGGCAUCAAUUAGUAUUAAUCACGUAGAAAUGCCAACUAGUAAGAGCACAGUCAAGUGUUACUAUAAUAUAAUAUCAAAACAUGAUCCAGAAGAGGUCCAGAAAGGACUAGAUAAAGUAUCUUCAAGGUUAAGGUUUAUGAUCGCAAGGAAGCUUGAGUUGGGUUAUACACCUCCAAUUAAGUUCAUCAAGUACAAUCGGAACGAGUUUGUCAACGUAAAGAAGAGAUCACAGUUAUUGGAAUAUGCAUACAAUAUGCCGCUGGAACUAAACACCAGAGCCAUAGAUAAGGGUGGUGCCGAGGAAGAUUCCAUGGAAUAUAAUAAUAAUGAGGAAGAAAGAAUAACAAUAAGAGAUAGUGAUAUAAGUGAUGAACUCAGUAGGGAAAUUCAGGACUCAUUUCAUAGACGUUAUUAUGGUUAUACAUAACACAA